AUGCACGCCAGUGUUCGUUUGGAGGCAUCUCGGGUGGACUUCCACUUAUACGAUCCCAGUCAGAAGGAUCUCUUCAAUCCAGCAAAGCCAGCAUUUACGAUGGGUUUUAACUCGUCCAGAGAUGAAUGGAGACUAGUCGCAGAGCGGUGCCAGGCAUGUCAGUAUGUGCCGCCCCACCUCUCCUGUGCAACUCACGGCAAGCAGCAGGUGGCUGUCAUCAAGCAUCGCCAAGCCUCUGUCGGAGAAGGCAUUUCAAACAUCAUGGAGGUGCGGAUACCGGGCCUUUAUCAAAAUGAUACCAGCGUCAUUUGGUGCCCAAUGCUGGGCAUGCCUGACUUGGCUGAAGCUGAACUCAGCAAUGAGAUGCAGCAGCUCAUUACCCGGAAACCGGUGUGGAAUGAGAAGGCCCGCGCCCGUGCCAAAUGCCCCGACGUCGUGCUGCAGCUGUAA